AUGUAUACACCGGAAGCAUCGAUACAAACAGAGAGCGAUAUAAUAGCAGAUAUAACAAGUCAAGACGAAAAUUUAAAAGAAACACGAAGUACAAUACUAUUAUCUGACGUCGAUAUAGAACUAAGUAGUACAAUUGGAAACGAAGAAGAAGAUAAAGAAUCGACUAAUAUCGACAACAUUAUAUCUGCAACAGACAUACAAGAAUCAAGUAAAGAUCAAUCGAUAUUACAUACUCUACAAUCAACAAUAGAUAAUUUCGAAGUUUCAUCGCCUGUUAAUAAUAUCGAAUCUAGUUCUAUCGAUAUCAUAUCAGAUAAAGUUUCAAUUUAUUCUGAUGGAUUAUUACAAACGAUUACACAAAACGUCAUGUAUACACCGGAAGCAUCGAUACAAACAGAGAGCGAUAUAAUAGCAGAUAUAACAAGUCAAGACGAAAAUUUAAAAGAAACACGAAGUACAAUACUAAUAUCUGACGUCGAUAUAGAACUAAGUAGUACCAUUGGAAACGAAGAGGAAGAAAAAGAAUCGACUAAUAUCGACAACAUUAUAUCUGCAACAGAUAUACAAGAAUCAAGUAAAGAUCAAUCGAUAUUAUAUACUCUACAAUCAACAAUAGAUAAUUUCGAAGUUUCAUCGCCUGUUAAUAAUAUCGAAUCUAAUUCUAUCGAUAUUAUAUCAGAUAAAAUUUCAAUUUAUUCUGAUGGAUUAUCACAAACGAAUACACAAAACAUCAUGUAUACACCGGAAGCAUCGAUACAAACAGAGAGCGAUAUAAUAGCAGAUAUAACAAGUCAAGACGAACACUUACAAGAAACGCAAAGUACUACACUAAUAUCUGAUGUCAGUAUAGAAUUAAGCAAUACUAUUCAAAGCGAAGAAGAAAAAUCGACUAAUAUCGAUAACAGCAUAUUGACAACUGAUAUACAAGAAUCAAGUGAAGAUCAACCGAUAUUACAUACUCUACAAUCAACAAUAGAUAAUUUCAAAAUUUCAUCAUCUGUUGAUAAUAUCGAAUCUAAUUCUAUCGAUAUCAUAUCAGAUAAAGUUUCAAUUUAUUCUGAUGGAUUAUUACAAACGAUUACACAAAACAUCAUGUAUACACCGGAAGCAUCGAUACAAACAGGGAGCGAUAUAAUAGCAGAUAUAACAAGUCAAGACGAAAAUUUACAAGAAACACGAAGCACUACGCUAAUAUCUGACGUCGAUAUAGAACUAAGUAGUACAAUUGGAAACGAAGAAGAAGAAAAAGAAUCGACUAACAUCGACAACAUUAUAUCUCCAACAGGUGGUAACGAAAUCGUAGUAACAAAAAGUAUCGGAUUUAUGUACCAUAGUUCUGAUCAAUCGGCCGUAACUGAUGAAUUUUCUUCAGUCGAAAUAUUUAACAAUGCACUUAGUAUCUCUGUAAACCAUUCUAAUUUUCAAACGAUACAAGAAAACUCUGAUUUUGAACUAAGCAAUAUAAUAUCGACAAAUGGCUAUGCAUCUCUUCCACCUAUUGAACUUUCAACUCAAGAAUAUGCAAGUCGUAGCAAUCAUGAAACUUACUUACUACAAGCUUCAUCUGACAGUAUUAAUGGCUUUACGAUGUUCAAUAGCUUAUCUUCCCUGGUAGAUAGUGUGUCAUCGAAUGGGAAUUUCGAGCAGAUAGCCUCUGUACCAGAGAGUGGUAUAUCUUCGAUGGAAUCUGUAAACGACGCUGUUACAUUCACUAAUGCUGUCGGACCCUUUCAAUCUAUCUUUAAUUCUCGUAAUGAUAUUUCUCUAUCGCAAUGGAAUAAUAUUGCGGGGGCCUCAUACGCAGUAACUACUUCCGAUCCACUCAUCGCUUUUGUGGGAUCAGUAAGUUCAGAUCAUUAUUCACAUACAAUAAAUCACGAGACGCAGUCUAUUCUGAUUAUGGCAUCGACUGAUUCCUCAUCUGAAAGUAAUAGUAGCGCACCAGAUGACAUCUAUUCUGAAAUUCGAGGUUCCAUUUCAAGCUCUGCUGUAGAUACCUUAACUAUCAGCAUGAACAACUAUUCAAUGCUAUCAAGCUCUACGUAUCCGUUCCCGUUAGAUCCCCAUGAAACGCAAUCAAGUACUCAUACACAUUAUGGCGAAAGCUAUCGCGAAUCUCCAGCCUCAAUAUUAUUGGAUCAUAAAUCUAACGUUACAUCUUUCGUUCAAAGUUCUAAUUUAGCACAGAUAGUAAACGUAACAGGUUCUGACGGGCUGGAUAAUGUUGAAACCUCUUCUUCAAUUGUGGCUUUUUCUCCAACUUUCUUUAGUAGCUUUUAUAGUGGUGAUGGUAAUAUCUAUGAUCAAAGUUCUACCAAUUCAAUGAUUGACGAUAAUAUUGCCCCAGAGCCUUCUUCCGUCCUAGAGAACACUGAAACAAUUUCGAAACAACAGACAAUCGAAGAUUGUUCUACGAAUAUGAACUUAUGUGAUACAAAUGCGAUAUGUACUAACACUCUUGGGUCAUUUAUAUGCUCUUGUGUUACAGGAUUCACAGGCAAUGGAACAUUUUGUGAAGGUAAGGAAUUUCAAUCUUUAUAUUUACACUUUCUCUAA